AUGUCACAACUAGCUGUGCAGACCAGGACGCAGGGAUUUCUUGCUCUCUUCACUGGCGAUACGGGUGAAAUCCGUGCAGAGGUUAGGGAGCAGAUCGACACAAAGGUUGCAGAGUGGAGGGAGGAAGGGAAAGCAGAGAUAGUGCCUGGGGUUCUGUUCAUAGAUGAGGUUCACAUGCUUGACAUUGAGUGCUUCUCAUUUCUGAACCGUGCAUUAGAGAAUGAAAUGGCGCCAAUUCUGGUUGUUGCUACCAACAGAGGGAUCACAACCAUCCGAGGCACAAACUACAAAUCCCCUCAUGGCAUACCUAUUGACCUUCUUGAUCGAUUGCUCAUCAUAUCCACACAGCCAUACACAGAAGAUGAAAUACGUAAGAUCCUUGACAUCAGAUGCCAAGAAGAAGAUGUUGAGAUGUCUGAGGAUGCAAAGGUCUUGUUGACAAAGAUUGGGGUGGAAGCAUCCUUGAGGUAUGCGAUCCACCUCAUCACUGGCGCAGCAUUGGCUUGCCAGAAGCGGAAGGGAAAGCUUGUUGAAAUGGAAGACAUCAGUCGGGUAUAUCAGCUGUUCCUGGAUGUAAAGAGAUCGACACAAUAUUUGAUGGAAUAUCAGAGUCAGUAUAUGUUCAGUGAAGUUCCAACUAGAGAGGGGGAUGAAGAUGAAGCCAUUGCCAUGCAUUCAUGA